AAGCUGUUAAAAAACAAAAUUUCGUUAUUAAAUUCGUUUAAAAAAUAAUUUACUCUUUCGUUAAAAGUAUUAAACAUUUUCUAUCAAGUGUGACAAUUGUUUUCAUCUCCGUGUUAGAUCAAUUACUCAAAUUGUUUGCAGUGAUUGAAAUUUAUGACAAUUUAUAACAAUUUAUGACGAUAAAUGCUUUCAAUGGCUCAUUAAACUCGUAGAACCGGUAAAUCAUAUCGAGUCAAGUGUCAUCAUCUUCACAGGAAGGAUGGAUUUCAAAGAAGUGGUGAAUGUAAUCUCUGAUGCUGUGGUGGUGAUGGGUUUCUCGGUAAUUUACAUAAUCGAGGCAUUACUACGGGCUCUGAUACCGCGGAGGUAUCAGAGAAAAAUUAUAAAAGGGGAAGUGGCUUUGGUGACUGGAGGAGCUGGAGGAAUAGGUAGACUCAUUUCCAUCAAACUGGCUCAACGUGGUGCAUAUGUUGUUAUAUGGGAUAUUAACGAACCAGGCAUCCAACAGGUUGUCAAGGAGAUAAGAGCAUUUGGUGGAAAAUGCAUAGGAUAUACUUGUGACAUCACCGACAGAAAUCAAAUUUAUCGUAUUGCGAAAACCGUGAAAAUUGAAGUUGGAAAUGUAACAAUUGUGGUUAAUAAUGCUGGGUAUAUAUGUGGAAAAACAUUUAUGAACAUUCCCGAUGACGAGAUAGAGAGGACUUUUAAGGUCAAUAUCCUCGCACAUUACUGGAUAAAUAAAGCUUUUCUGGAAGAAAUGAUGAAGGAUAAUCACGGACAUAUUGUCACGAUUGCCAGUGUCGCUGGAUUAAUGGGGACUUAUAAUUGCACUGAUUAUUCGGCUACUAAAUUUGCGGCCAUUGGUUACCACGAGAGUCUCUUUACAGAGCUCAAAAUGCAUGGAUACGAUGGCAUUCAGACAACUCUCGUGUGUCCUUAUUUCGUCAACACAGGAAUGUUUCCUGGAGUCAAACCGAGAUUGCUGCCUCAAUUGGAGCCUGAAUAUGUUGCUGAAGAGGUCGUCCAAGGGAUAUUGACUGAUCAAGUUAAUGUUACGUUGCCGUCCAGUGUCAAAUACUUUGUACCUCUCAAGAGUUGGCUUCCACCGAAAGUUUCAUGGUCCCUGAUGUAUACCCUUUUGAAAGGUCCCCAAACCAUGAUGAUGCUUAAUAAAUACGAAAAUAAUGAUACGUAUGAGGGUAAAAAAUUAGACUGCGAGGAUGCAAGAAGAAAUUCGCGAUACGAACAACUCACAGACUUCGAGCAUAUAUCAUCAGCACCAGCCAUGUAAAUGAAUCAUCGAAUUAUAAGACUAAUUGUAUAUUUCACUUGAAUAUCUGAGUUUUUAAGAUUUAUGUAUAGAAAUCCUUUACAUUUGUUUUCUUAUUAAAGUCUAUUUUGUAUUGCUCA